UCAUGGAACAUGCGUUUUUACGCCACAGCGCAGUUGUGGAUUUUGGACCCUGGUUCCAUUCUGUCCAUAGCGCCCAUUCACACAUAAUGGCUGUCCGUGUGUUAGAAAUAAUCUUUUUCUUUUAUUUUGCCUCCCACAUUCCUAUUACGUUAUUUAUUGACUUACAAGCCCUGCUGCCUGAACAUGUGUAUCCCCAGCAGCUGAAGAAUCUUCUGAGGUGGUAUGCAGAGGAGUUCAAAGAUCCCAUGGUGCUGGAUCCUCCUGAGUGGUUCAAGUCGUUUAUUUUCUGCGAGGCUUUUCUCCAAAUGCCAUUUUUCCCCAUUGCAGCUUACGCUUUUCUGAAAGGUGGCUGUAAGUGGAUCCGGACUCCUGCCAUUGUGUACUCCACGCAUGUUGCCACCACGCUGAUUCCCAUCCUAGCCCACAUCCUUUUCCAUCAGUUCCCUGUCAAACCCCACCCUGGCCCCCAGACUAACAGGGAGCGCUGGCUGCUGGCCUCCAUAUACGCGCCGUACCUGCUGGUCCCCGUGGUGCUGCUGCUCACAAUGCUGCUCUCCUCCAAAUACAACCCCACCUCCAAACCUGGCAGCACAUCCGGCAAAGCCAAGAAGAAAAACUGAAUCCAACACAAAACUUUGUAAUUUACCUUGAUUUUAGAAGCAAUCGUCCUCCAUCUGGGAAUGCACUCUUUAAGAUCCUGUGAAACACGUUUUGAAGUAUCAUUUGAGAUGAAUCUACUUGAUGAAUGUUAAAUUAGUUUGUUUUGCUUAUUGUGAGUUUUUAGCUCGACCAUUUGACUAAGAUUUUUGUCAAUUACUCUUUUGAUUAUCUAGAUAAUAAAAAGGAUUAUUGAUCUUAUUCAACUCAAAUAUUUUUUUUCAGAUUGUUACUCCUGUAAGGUUAAAAUCAAUAAACAUAAUUACACUGG